GAUGGAAAGAGGCGGAGAUCACAUGGUUCGUCUAAAAUGUCAGAUUCUCUACGGAAUUGAAUGCUUUUCACCUGACCAAAAAGCGGCUAAUUUUUGUAGUGACGUAAAAUUAAUCAUAUCAAUUGCAACUUUAUAUAUAAAAGUUACAGAGUCCAGAAAUGAAAUUGUGAAAAUUAAAGAGCAAAGCGGUAAAAGAGUCGAAUUAACCUGUAGAAAACCAUUUCAAAGUAGAAUUGUAUGGGAUCAGAAGAAUCAUGGUGGCGGAGUAAUAGCUCUCUUCGGUAUCCUCCGUAGAGAUAAAUGGAAAUAUGAUAUAAUUGUCGAAGAUACGAGAGAAACUUUAAUUAUCCUUGCAGCCGUUGUUGAAGACAGCGAUACCUAUGAAUGUUUAAUUGGAGCGGAAACUAAGCAGUUCUUUGUUGAAAUUUACGUUGAACCAUGGGACACUAAAAUAUCAACACCACGUGGAACUUUGGUUGAGGAAAGUUUUCUAAAUAUCUCAUGUACGGCCCAGUCUAGUAGACCUGCCGCAAAUAUUACUUGGACUUUAACAACAACGAAUGGAACAAUAUUGGAAUUAGACGAAAACGGAAGUCAAACUAAAGCGCACGAUAAUAAAACUCUUACAAGAACAUCAACAAUUAAAAUAUUUGCCUCAAGAGAAUUAUAUUCAGCGAAAAUCGAAUGUAGAAUCAGAGUAAACCAAGUCAAUUAUGACGUCACCAGGACAAAAUAUCUUAUCUUUAACCUUAAGCCUACUCUACCUUACAUUACGUCAAAUGGAAAUAUUGUAAAGGAAUCUUCAACUGUCACUUUAGUUUGUCAUGCAGAUGACAGCAGACCCCCAGCACGUUUACAAUGGUUUAGGAAUGGUUAUUCACUUUUAGGCAAAAUAAAAAUGAUACAAAAUGAUAAUUCAACUUAUAACGUGGAAAACGAAAUAAAUUUCAUAGCGUCAUCCUUUGACGAUGGUGCCAUCUAUAUGUGCCGUAUUAAUAACGAAGUGUUACAAGAUCCAAUUAAAAUAUCCAAGAAACUUGCAGUACAAUAUAAACCAAUUACUGUCACAAAGCAAAGGGUCGUUGCUGUUGAAGAAGGCAAUGAACUAUUAUUACAAUACGAUUAUAAGACAAAUCCAAAUACCCCAUACUGCAAGAGACAAACUAUGAAAUAUGCUGGUCUACUUAAUUCAACAAUAGAAUUAGUUUGUCGCGUUAAUUCGUUUUCAAAUUCUCCUACUACAUUUAAUUGGUCAUCAAUCUCUGGAGAUUUUACUGGAAUGACGUAUCAAUCAGAUAGAACUCAUUCUUAUCACAAAAUAAAUUAUACUGUUGAAGAAUAUGGUAAAGUUAGCUGUUCAGCUUCAAAUGGAAUUGGUCGUAUGAAAGAAGAUUGCGUAUUUGAAAUACUACCACCAGGUCCUGCUGAAGCGCCGAUAGAUUGUCAAAUUACAAAACCAAUUAAUGGUCGAGUGUCUAUUGAAUGCGUAGAAUCGUUUACGGGAGGUUAUAAAACAACUUAUUCCCUAUUUACCAAAUCUAGCACUGAUUGGUCAAGAACCAAAGAAAAUAAUUCACCAUAUUUUGCGUUAAAUAGCUUGAAAAGUGGACAAAAGUAUCUUAUUAAAAUCUGCGCUCUUAAUAUCAAAUAUAAAACGGAAUCAGAUUGCACGGAAGAAUUUGAAAUAACUGUUCCAUCAGAGAACAUUGCUACAACUACGGCCACUUCUAAAAAGAUAACAACAUCAUCCACAGAAAAUUCCAAAUAUAUUAUAAUAGGAGCUAUUUUGGGAGGUGCCCUCUUUAUUGUCAUUGUUAGCUUAAUUGUUUUUAUAUGUAUGAAAAAAAAUGCGAAAACGGCUGCAGCUGAAGAGAACGCAAAUAAUUAUUUUACACCACCAGUUCAACCUAGAGCUCCAACUGACGAUGGUCCAAACCCAAGAAGCCAAAGAUAUAUCCCUCCACCAACCGAACCACAACCAAACGAAAUACAAGAAAGAGAAAUCGUUUAA